ACGUGUGCGCCCUGACGAGCAUCGGGAUGCCUGGCGACUCGACCUAUCCGCGACGCUUCUUGUCGGCUCAACUAUUUUCGUGUAUAAUCUACAUACUCUAAAGUUGGUACGCACCAUACCCACGCCGAGGAUGGAAGUUUCUCGCGAUCUGAGAGCCGGGAAAUCAUGCGGAUCUGUGCUUGGAACAAAUUUGAAAAUUCGAUUGAUAACAGCGGCGGGAGAGGCUAGGAUAUUCGAUUAUGCCGGCUUUGUUGAACCGGAUUUUUAUACGCGGCGUGAGUCGAGUGCAGGGGGAGAAGAUCGGCAUAGCUAGGACGUCCAUUGUGGCCAGAGAGCCAGGGAAUAUCGGGGGCGGACCUCGAGAGGAUUGAAGAGGGAAGGAGAGGAGAGAAGAAGAGAUCUGCGGAUGAAGCGAGGAGGCUGCCCAGAAUCGGAAUAGCGGGCAGACGGCCGACGCGAUACACGCGGUCUGUUCGUGGCCACAAGCUUCGGCCAAUAAAUUGGAAGACGAUCCGAGGAGGCGAACGACCCGCUAAAAGCUGGAAUGACAAAAAGUAAAAUAGCCGGAAACCCAUCGAGCGAUAAAUCACAUAACACCCAUGGAUACUGACAGCGAAGAAGUUCACGAGGAAUCCAAGGGUGUCAGAGACGCAGGUUUCGAUAAAAUCAUCGGGUACAUAGAAGAUCUAUUGAUGGAAAGCGAAUUCCAAGAGCUACAGCAGAAAUUUUUGGAGAACUACUGGCACAUAUUUGGACCCGAGGAAGAGAAUAAACUGAUUUACAUGGAAAUAUUUAAUCAGUAUAACCAGGAAAUAGAAAACUACAUCGUUAAGCAGCUCAAGAAGUCUGUUCCUAACUUUUCAAUCCACGUUCUGUUAGACCAGCUUAAUGAAAGACGUCCUGAACUGGAUGGAGAAGUUUUUGAAGUUUUAGCGACGUUAACAGACUUUCUAUCAUUCAAAGAAAUGAUUUUAGAUUACAAAGCUGUAAAAGAAGGAAAGGUGGAAGACUUUAGCGCCGGGAUUUCGAUUACAUCUAUCAAAUCAACGAGCUCAGAGCGGGAUGAGCCUACUGGUUAACCAAUCGCGAGCUCCAUCCAAAUGAUACAUUUUAUAAAAUGCUUACCUAGCAGUUUUUUCAAAUUUAUCCAUACUAUUACUAAUUAUCUAGUAUUUGUUAGAUGUAAGAUAGAAAAUAAACGCGAAUGAAGUUGGAA